AUGUCCGACCGAGCGAUAAUCAUAGUGGAGGAGGCCCCGUCUCGCGAUGAGUAUGAGCAACCAAGCGGCAACCUGGAAAGGAAUCUCGACCUCGCAAGGAAGAACAUCGAAGAUAUACAAAAUAUCAUUAUUGAAGUUGAGAAGGAGAUAGAUAUUCUCUGGGUCAAGAAGGAAAAUCUAGACAAGAAAAACAAGAAGCUCAAACUUGUCAUCAAGAAAUCAAAAAGAGAAGGAGCAUCACACAAGGCGUUGAAGAGUGGGAGGAGAAGGUUGGAAAGUGGUAAAACCAAGAGUUCCGAUAGCGGAGAGUUGCUAAACAAGCUGGAGGACGAAAGGGAAGAGCUUAUAAUGAACAAGAUGGCUUGGGAAGAUUGGAAAGAAGAUCUUGAGAAGGAGCGUCGUCGGAGAAUGGAGUAUGAGGCCUGGAUGAGGGAGGAAGAGAGGCGGAAUUAUGAGGACUGGAAGAAGAGUAGAUAUCGUCCAGUGAGGUAA